AUGUCAGCCCAAAAUUCCCUCCCCCUCCUCGAUUUAUCCACAGCAAGAAGUUCACUGAAUCGAACGGAGCUACAACGCGGGAUUCGAAGAUAUGGCGCUUUUCGGUUACUCGCCCCUGGAAUUUUCCGCGCAUUCGCUCGUGCCAUACCUCAUGGAUAUUCACCGUUUGGCUCUGAACUCAUCCGCGGAAAGAGAAGGAUGCCGAAGGAAAGUGUCUAUUUUUAUCGCCAGCGUGAUCAAAAUACUCCCUCUUCCGAGCCUCCAGCAGAGCUUUCUGGAUCUAUUAUAGAAAUACUGGAAGCAUGGCAUCCAUUGCGAAAUGAUGUUUUCGAAGUCCUUUCGAAUGAGAUACUGAACACAACUACAGAUUUGACGAGCGAGCCAUUGUUUGAAUAUGAGACAAUGGCUUUACAUUAUUACGUGUCCCACAAACUGGUAACUGGGGAGCGCGAUUACAGUCCAGCGCAUAAGGAUGGUGGCCUACUGACCAUACUUGUCAGAGGGAUGAGUGGGCCGGAUGGGUUGGAAGUUGCUGACCUGGAAUCUACCAAUGAAGUGGAUAGCGGAAAGAUAGGCUUGGAGGCAUCGUUUGUACCAGUCCCAGUAAUUGCAGAUGAGGUGGUAGUCUUCUUGGGAACCCGAAUCCAACGUCUUAUUGGGGAUCAAGCUCGCGCUUGCGUCCAUCGUGUCUCUGCAUUUGUGCAGGAUAAAGAUUGCCCAAUUGAAGAAAGACUCAGUGUUGCAAUUUUCUGCGCACCACCUAUCUAA